CUUAUAAGAUGUCAAGGGCUACCUUGGUAGAUUCCCAGGGUGGAACUGUAGGAACAAACCAGUGUCAAUGGUUAACUCAAGUUCUUGGUGUCUGGGAGUUUUUUUUUUUUCCUUUUAUUAUUAACCAAAGAAUUUUUUUUUACCAUUGCUUAGCAGUGAACAUUCUACUCAGAUUCUCUGUGAGGAGAAUGAAUAAAGGUAAGUUUUAACUGAAAAGCCGCACCGACAAUUAACAUCACACCUAAAAUUGCUAUUGCUCCAGAACUUAACCUGGAUACCCAAAGAGCACAAGAAAGAAUGAGUUAUUAUAGUAGCAACUAUCCAGUUGUAAAUGUGGACCCCAAAUACGCAGGCUACCCCCCAGAACACAUCAUAGCUGAAAAGAGGAGAGCAAGGAGACGUCUGCUUCACAAAGACGGAAGCUGUAACGUGUACUUCAAACACAUCUUUGGAGAGUGGGGGAGCUACGUGGUCGACAUUUUCACCACGCUUGUAGACACCAAGUGGCGUCACAUGUUUGUGAUAUUUUCUCUGUCUUACAUUCUCUCCUGGUUGAUCUUUGGCUCUAUCUUCUGGCUCAUAGCUUUUCAUCAUGGAGAUCUGUUAAAUGAUCCAGGCAUCACACCUUGUGUGGACAACGUCCAUUCUUUCACAGGUGCAUUUUUAUUCUCCCUGGAGACCCAGACCACCAUAGGUUACGGUUACCGCUGCGUCACUGAAGAAUGCUCCAUGGCGGUGCUUAUGGUGAUCUUCCAGUCCAUUUUAAGUUGCAUCAUAAAUACCUUCAUCAUUGGAGCUGCCUUGGCCAAAAUGGCAACUGCUCGAAAGAGAGCCCAAACCAUUCGGUUCAGCUAUUUUGCACUCAUAGGCAUGAGAGACGGGAAGCUUUGCCUCAUGUGGCGUAUUGGUGAUUUUCGACCAAACCAUGUGGUAGAAGGCACAGUAAGAGCUCAACUUCUCCGCUACACAGAAGACAGUGAAGGACGUAUGACCAUGGCUUUUAAAGACCUAAAGUUAGUCAAUGACCAAAUCAUCCUUGUCACACCAGUAACGAUCGUUCAUGAAAUCGACCAUGAGAGCCCUUUGUAUGCCCUUGACCGAAAAGCAGUGGCCAAAGAUAACUUUGAAAUUUUGGUGACUUUCAUCUAUACUGGUGAUUCCACGGGCACUUCCCACCAAUCCCGGAGUUCCUAUGUUCCCCGAGAAAUUCUGUGGGGACAUAGAUUUAAUGAUGUCUUGGAAGUUAAGAGAAAGUACUACAAAGUGAAUUGUCUCCAGUUCGAAGGAAGUGUUGAAGUCUACGCUCCUUUCUGUAGUGCCAAACAGUUGGACUGGAAAGACCAGCAGCUCCACAACAUGGGAAAAGCCCCACCAGUACAGGGAUCUGGAGUGUCAGACACCAAGGUCAGAAGAAGGUCGUUUAGUGCAAUUGCCAUUGUCAGCAGCUGUGAAAACCCAGAGGAGACAACCAUCUCAGUCACAGAGGAGUGUAAGGAAGCACCUUAUCAGAAAGCUCUUCUGUCUUUAAAUAGAAUCUCUGUAGAGUCCCAAAUGUAGUCCUGUGUUGUGGUUAGAAUGACUGCCACUCAAUGAUUUCAGUAUUUAGCUGACCGCUAUGAGGCAAAUCGAAGGAAAUUGACUUUUAAAAACUGUAAUAACUAAGUUUGAUAGUCACAGUAGAUUAAUAGAGUGUGUUAAACUUGACAAAAGAUAGCCUAAAAUUAUAUAAUAGCCAAUUAUUUAAUCUUUUAUUUGCUAACAGAUUUAUAUGAGGGAUACUGUUAAGAUACAGUUAAUUAUUAACUUUAAGGUUUAAGGUUUUUCUCUCUUUUAUUAUGUCAUAUACUUAUAUUUCCAAUUGGAAGUCUAAUCUUCAGUAAUGGAGAGCUCAGAUAGAGUAAUAGAUGAAAUAAAAUCUUUAAUAUACAAAAAUGUAGAGUGGAGUGAUUUAUUAUAUCAAAAAAUAAUCAGAUGGUCUGGCCAAGAUAUGAAAUGGGUAGAUUAUAAGGUUGAAAUACUUAACUGUGAAAUGUACUGACCAUUCAGUAUUUGCUUCUCAUUAUGUCACUGCUGGCAGAGGUAAUGAUUAUAAGAAAUAAUCAGUGAUACCGACCAGAAGAAAAAAUCUUUUACUACCACUUAACCUAAAUAGUGAUCAAUGCAUGGUAGAACCUUUAUUUCUCUAAUCCAUGAGGCAGAAGAAAGGUUGACAUUAUUAAUGAGAGCACUGCUUUUCUCUUAAACACCUUGGCUAAUUGCAAGAAAUGGCCUCCUAUUAAAAAACUGAAAACAGGCAACAAUGAACUGGGUAGUUUCUCCAUCAAAAGGGCUUCUUCUAUCUAUUUUUCAACUUUUCCAAGGAGAAAAAAAUAAUAAUAAAGAAUCUUAGAUUCAGUUUAAAGGAGUGGAUGACAAGAAUAAACACUGCCAGCUUGGACUGACUACAAAAAUAUUGGGGGGGGGGGGGUUGGGAACAAGGGGAGAGUUAUUUGUUUGUGCCCAAAGCUAUGCGUACUUCUUGUCUUCACUUUACAAAACAUAAAUGACUUGACUUGUGGAUUUUAAGAAAUUGUUUAUAUUCAAUUGUUCCAGUGAAUAUAAACAGUCAUUUAAACUGAAUAUUUUGUGAAAUUAUUUAAGCUGGUUUUAUGCAUAAGCAAAGUGGACAAACUUACAGAAUUCCUGAAAUUUUAGAACAUAGGUAAAUUUACAUACUCUAUGUAUUUGUUAAAAUAUUUUAAUCGUGAUCACUAUGAGUGUAAAUCUAAUAACCUGUGAGUGAAGAGUCUUUUUAAGCUUUAUAAAUAGAAGAGUUAUUAACUACA